AUUACGUUCUUUGAUUAGUUUAUUGCUUUAGCCAUGAAGAGAGUUAGAGAAAAUGGACAGAUCGUGGAGCAAUUAGCCAUGGCAAACUGCCUGAUGUUGCUCUCUCACAGCAUUGAAACCAAACAGAAAAAGCUUUCGGCAAUGGAGGUUUACGAAUGCAAGACUUGCAAUCGCCAGUUCCCGUCCUUCCAAGCUCUAGGAGGCCACCGAGCGAGCCACAAACGACCGAGAUUAACAGGAGGUGAUAAGGUCGAUGGUGAGAAAAAGCCAUUGAGUUCGAAACCAAAACUGCAUGAGUGCUCGAUAUGUGGACAAGAGUUCGCUAUUGGGCAGGCUUUGGGUGGUCACAUGAGGCGGCACAGAGCCGCUGCCAUGGGUGAAAGCUUGAGUUCUGAUACUAUGGUUUCGAAGUUGCCGAUGUUGGUGAGAUCGAAUAGCAGGAGGAUCUUUGGGUUGGACUUGAACUUGACUCCUUUAGAGAAUGAUUUGGAGUUCUUGUUUGGGAAGAGGGCGCCUAAGAUUGAUCUUUCGAUUUGAUAAUAUACCUUAACUUCAACCCAUACUUGUAUUCAUUUUUUUCUUUUUCUUUUUUCAAUUAGGGACAUUCUUUUCAUUCAUUUAAUUCAUGUACA